UUCAGUCCCAAACGCGAAACGCCGACGCUGUUACGGUUGUUACUAACACAAGCAUGGAGUAUGAGUACUGUACGAAAUCUAUGACGCUAACGCUAUAAUCGACAUUUACUACGGAAGUUAUAUGCUGUAAAUAAUAUAAUAAUAAUAAUUAUUAUUAUUGAUAAAUUCGUGGUUAAAUAAAUUUAAAUAACAGUAUGUGGUUUAUUGUAUUCAUAUAAAAUUUUGACCUUGACUGGUGGUUAAAUAAUCGUUUGUAAAUGUUCGACAGUCAUAGUCAAGAGUAUUGACAGCGUGCAGGGUCAAAUAUACGGCCAUUGUCGGCAGAGGGUUGGUAACCAAAGAGAUAUUUUGUGAGAGUGAGAGAGACAAGUGGUUUUGGUACGGGGUUAGAGUAAGCGAAUGAGCAAAUAGAACGAGUGUGUCGCAUUGAGUAUCUGCAAUGAAUUUCCCACCGUUUGGAAGUCACUUUCCUGCUACAAUCCCUAGUAUUCAUCAGUUUACUGCUGAUGGUACUAGUGGUAGUAGUGCAAGAUAUGCUAAUCACUUUCCUAAUCAGCCUCCGAUUGGAGUGCCGGUUGUGGGAAAAUAUCGUCCAGAAAUAAAUGGAGGGCAAACUGGACAAAGUCAAGGAAUGAUAAGCAACAAAAGUACCUACUCAAAUAGUAAUGUACACUCACAUUAUUCAAAUGUGCCAUACUCACAAGCACAGUCUGUACAACAACGUCCGACAAAUUCACCGGGUAUGCAAGAAAAACGUUCUUAUCAUCAGGAUGUGUGUAAUUUGCUGCAAGAAAAAGAUAAAAAAGAAAAAAAAACCGAGGAACAGCAAAGAAAUACAGGUGAUUCGGGUAGUACAACAAAUGACAGUGGACAACAAGAUUAUUCAUCAAUUCAUCAGCAUCAUCAGCAACACGCGCACACCCAAACACCAGCCUCAAUGCCAGCAACAUGGCAAUCUCUUGCAACUCCUGGCUCUACAGUAGCUGAUUACCUCAGUCAUUUACCAGCAAGCACGUUGCCAUUAAGUUUACAUCAUUUUUUAAAAUAUUCUGCUGAGAGCAUUAAAAAAGAAUCUGAAAUGCAAGCUCAUACUACUUCAGUGGCUGUUGCUACAACAACAACACCAAAUAUUAUGAUGUCACCUACUACGAAAAAAAAGAAAAAGAAGAAAGUACCAAAAGAAAAAAAGCCAAGACCAAAACCUGGUGAAAUUCGUUUGACAACAGCACUUGAUGGAUCAACACUUUAUUGUUGUCCAGAGUGUCAUAUGGCUUAUCCUGAACGUGAACUUCUUGAGCAACAUCUUCUAGGUCAUACACUUGAACGUCGAUUUGUUUGCGAUAUUUGUGGUGCUGGUCUUAAACGUAAAGAUCAUCUUACGCGUCAUAAACAAAGUCAUAAUCCCGAAAGACCUUAUGUUUGUACUGUUUGUCUGAAAGCAUUUAAACGAAAGGAACAAUUGACAUUACAUUUUGUCAUACACUCUGGUGAAAAAAGGCACGUUUGUACAGAAUGUGGUAAAGGAUUUUAUCGAAAGGAUCAUCUUAGAAAACAUACACGUAGUCAUAUUGCUAGAAGAGUUAAAGCAGAGCUCAGUCAAAAUGCCAGUGGUGGUCAGCAACAAAGCCAACAACAAAAUAAUGUUACGAAUAUGCAAGCAACAGCAGUAUCUGCUUCAUCUGUUUUGCCGGGUGGGCAUCCUGGUCCUCUCCUGUCCUGAGCCCCGCCAUCUGGGAGCUUUCAAGUUCCCCAUCCAACAAAUAACAGUGUCAUUAAUUCACAUCAAACGAGUAGUCAUCAGACUCAUCAUUCUCAUCAUCAUCAUCUUGCUGCAGUUAAUGCCGCAGCACAUCAAGCAGCUGUUGGUGUACAUGCCGCUACCUCUAGCCAGUAUCAAAGUCACGAACUCAGCUUUCUUAGUCAUGUCAAAAAUUUCUGAUAAUUAAAAUUAUUAUUAAUAGGUAAGCAUUUUUCUUCAUUAGUUUACUCUGCAAUGGAUAAACAAAUUGUGUCUUUUAUCACGACAAUUACAUUUUUUGAAAUGAUUUUUAGAAUGAUGGAAUAAAUGAAUAAUAAUUUACACAAUAAUUUUAUCCUAUUGUACAGAUUGACAAGAGUUGAAAUCAAUAUUUUCAUAAUUAAUUGAUGCAUUAAAUGUCAUGGUAAUAAUUAUUCAACUAUAAGUUAUAAAAUACAGUAGUAAGACAUUGUUUUUUUUUAUUUUAAAUAUAUUUUUUAUUACUUGUGUAUUUGCAAUAUUUAAAAAGUUAUUAGGUUCGAUAAAAAAAAACUAUUAGCAAUUUAGGCAUUUACAAUUUUUAUAAUGUAAUAAAUAUCAGUAUUUUCUUUUUUUUUUUGAUAAUAUUGUCUUAAAAUUCAAGUAAUUUUGGCAGCUAAAAGUAAUUAUUUGCUUUAUAAAUUACGCUUGAUGCGAAGCAAAAAAAAUUAUAGAUAUUUUGUUUUAUAUCUUUUUUUUUUUUUUUUAUAAUUGUCUUUAAAAAUUUUUAAAUAUUUGUUGAGUACUGAUUAUAAGUAUAAGUUUAUUUUUAAUUGUUUUUUUUUUACUUCCUGUGUAUAUAAAUAUAUAUAUAUAUUAUAUAUAAAAUUUACUAUUAUAUAUGUAAUAAGAUCAAUAAUUAUUGAAGGCCAAGAUUACUAAAAUUAUUCGUCAUUAGUCUGACGGUAAUUAUUCUUGUAGACUUCUGGUUGUGAUUUUUUGUGAUCUUUCCUCACCGUAAAAAAAAAAAAAAGAAAAUAUUUUUCCAGUACCUUUUUUAUUUGAUAUACAGUUUUGUUUUGAUAUAUUAACAAUUCCAUUAAUUAAUAGAAUUCUGUUUAGUUUAAACAAAAAUACCGUGCCAUUGUUUUUUUACAAUUUUAUCAUGAUUUUUUCUUUUUGUUACUACUAAAGUUUAUGUUUUUAUUUUUAUGUAGUAUGCUGUGGCAAAUAAUAUAAAUUUAUAUAAACUGUAAAGAUUAAGAUUAAUUUAGUAUAGUAUUAAUAUAUAUGACCGAGAAUAUGUUGUAAAACAUGUAUUUUUAAAUGUAUAACAUUUGAUUUUUUUUUUUUUUAUUUAAUAACUAUUUUGUUUAAAACGAUACAAAAUUAUUUAAAAAAUUUUAAAACUUUAUUCAAUAAUUAUCACAUUAAAAUUUAAAAUUUUAUUUUUAUUAAUAACACUGAUUAAUACUUUUUUAUAUUAAAAAAUUUUUUUGUUAUGUUUCGAAAUUAUUUAAAAAAUAAAGUACAUAUAUAUUUGUAACUUGAUAAGUAUUUUACAAUUUUAUUUUUAAAAAAAUCAACUUGCUCUUCGGUCAUUUGGUGAAAAAGCCAAAAUUCAGGUUUUGUCAGACCUCAAUAUAAACAUAAUUAAUAAAUAACGAUAAUAAUAAUAUUAAUAAUAAUAAUAAUAAUAAUAUUAAUAAUUAUAAUAAUAACAAUAAUAAUAUAAUAAUAAAAAUAUUCUUUAAAGCACAUAUAUAAUAUACCAUUCAAUAACAUAAGUAUGUUGCCAUAAGUAUUGAUGUAAAAAAUCUAAAUGUAAAAUGAUGUAUUGAAGCUAUAUUGGAAUAUUCCACCGCCAUCGUACUGUUUACUUGUAAUCGUAAUAAUAAGCAAACGUAGUUAUUGUAGAAAAUAAGUUUGUAUACAAAAAUUAAAAAAAAAAAAAAAAAAAAAAAUAGCUUGAUAAUAUGACAAAGAAAAGAAACAAUCGGGCGACAUCUACAUGGGAAAAAUAAAAUAAUAAAUUUUUUAGACACACAAUAUUAGUGAUAAGUUAAAAAAAAUAAAAGGUAAAGAAUAAAAAAAUAAACAUCAUAAUUGCAUAAUAGCGGUUAUAUUUUUUGCUGUAAUAAUUAAUAGUAUAUUGUGUGACGAGGAAUGAAACAAGACGAUUUCAUACUAGGGUGAAGUUGGCUGCCCGAGCCUUAGGCGAAGGCUGACAUCACCCGCAGUCUGAAAUCGUGUUUCAUACUGAGUCACACACCAUAUUUUUCAUGAUUACCUGCAUCGGAACUUCAAGAUUCAGUGUCAGCAGCCAGUAAUAAACAACUUAAUUUCAAGCCGAUGAUAAAAAGAACUGUUAGAGAAUGAGAAAUAUGUGAUUUACAGUCACUUAUUAAAUAGUAAAUAAGACAAAAAUAUUAUUUUCACUGAUUGUUUAGUAAUUUUAUUUGGUUAAUUAAAACUGUCUCUUACAAAAUGAAAUGAGUAAACUCAAGUGACAAGCAAACACAUGAGAGUAAUAAGGGUGCAAAUGAACAUUAAAUAAAACUAACAACGUGAAGGUAUUUUUGAAUUACGAAUUCGCUAGCAGUUUUUUGCAGCAUCGGCUUUAAAUUAGCUUCUUUCGACUGGCUGUAAAGACACUGAAACUUUAAGUUUCGAUGCCGGAAUCAUGAAAUAGUAUAUUACACACCUAGGGCAGUAAAGUAAGAAAUGUCUCAGGCUUCGCCUCGGUCAACAAUUACAUGUGAUCUGAAGCUUUUUUAUUUACUGCCCUGGGUGUGUAAUAUGCUAUAAAUGUCAUUUGUCUCAAUACAAUUUAAAAACAGUGCCCAUUUUGAGUAUGAUAUAUAUUGAUUUAAAUUGUAAACAUAUGCAUACAUAAUUAAAUUUAUAAAUUAUUAUUUUCUUGCGCUAUUUAAAUAAAAUAUAAGAUUAUUAAAAUAAUAAUAAAAUAAUAAUUAAUAACAAUAAUAAUAAAAGUGUAUAAGAAAAAUAAUGUAGACAUCUAGAAUAUGAGAAAGUGGAAAAAAGAGAUUUAAUAUUUUUUGUAUUGCAACCUAGAUAACGGAGCUGAAAGAUGUAGGGUUGAAAUGGCUAUAUAGAGCACCUGAGACAUCAAAGCUUUCUCGUGGCAUUUGUAUGCUUGAUAUUUAAAUUGUGCUUUUUAUACAUCAUCAAAGUCCUUCGAAUCCACAAUUAAAAAUUUAUAUUUUGUCAAUUAAUAAAUAAUAAAAAUAAUUCAUUAAUAUUAUUUUAAUAAAUUAUAAUAAUAAUCAGUUAGAUUUAGUGAGAAAAAAAAUUUAAUUUUUUUUUUUUAAUUAUAAAAAAUUAACUGAAAAUAUUUUUCUACAAUAUUUAAAAUUAAAUUAGAUUAACGGUGUAAUUGUUAAUACAAAUUUAUUAUAAAUUAAAUAUUUAAAAAUAAGUAUGUAAUACUUGAAUAUUAAUUUAUAUUAAUUGAUGUGAUUCGUUGGAUAUUGAAUGAUGUAAACAGUAAUUAUUAUUUAAACAAACUGCUUUUGUUGUUAAAACUAAAAUGAGCACAUAAAAAAGUAAUGUGUUAUGAGUGGUAAAAAUGUAUUAUGUAGACAAAACGUAUAAAAGAUAUUUGUAAUAGUUACAUUAAUAAUAUUGUAGUGAGUGAGUAAGGAAAGUAAUUCGGAAUCUUCCUUGAAAAUAAAAACAAUUAAAACAAAAGAAGCAAACAAAAAAAUUGAAAAUUCUAUCAAUAAAAUUACAGUAUGAAAAAAAAAAAGUAUAAAAGAAUAUUAAUAAUAAUAUAGAAUUGAAAGAAAUAAAAAAUAAAAAUUCAUCGACAAAGUACAAAGAAUAAAAAAAAAAAAAAGAAAAUAAUUAAAAAAAUUUCUCCAUUAGCAUUUUUAAUAAUUAAUUUUUUUAAAUUCUUAAAGCCUUCCAUUACAUUAAUUUUUAUUACUUAUUUUUGCAAGUAUUUAAUUGCUUAGUACCAGAAGUUCUUCCAGGAUAAAAUAAAACCAGUAAACUGUUUCAAACGUAAAAAAAUUUAAAUACAUCAAUCAAAAGACAAGCAAAUAGUAAACAAUUAAAACAAAAAUAAUAAUAAUAGUAAUAAUAGUUUAAGAAUUCAAUAGAUAAUGUCAAAGUGAUUCCAUCUAUGAUCUCGUUUUAUUUUUGUAUAGAUCACAGUGCGUUUCUGAUAACGCAUUUAAUAUUAAAAUAAUAAUAUAAACAAAAAAAAAAUAAAUAAAUGAAAUGAAAAUUAGAAAUUAGAGCCAUAGAAAGUGUGAGAAAAAAAAAUGCUGGAAAAACUUGAAAAAUAAUUUUAAAACAUUCCUCAAUACUGCUUUAUAUAUUAUAAUCUUCACAACAUACCUAUAUGUAUGUAUAUAUUAUUAUAUAUAUACACAACAUAAAAAUUGUAAUAAAGUCGAAGUUUAAUAUUCA